GAUUAUUUAACAUGAGUGUUGUUCUGGUGUAGUUACAACGAAUUUGUGAGUAUAAAGUGAAGGUUGACAAGUUUUUGUUGAUUGUUGGAUGAUUUUGAUUACAAAAAAUUGCAAAAAUACUUUGUAUUUAUGGAAUUAACUUAAAAAGUUGCUCGGGCAAAAAAUGUAGGGUUUUAAAUAAAGUUCAUAUAUUAUAAAGAAAAUACUGUGAUAAUCUUCGCCAUUUGAGGCUGUGAUUUAGGUAAAGUAGUUAAUAAUUUGAUUUAAAAUCAUGUCAGACGAAACAGGCAUCGUUAAAAAAAUAAUAGAAACAAAAAAACAGACGGAAGAAUUAAAAACUCAAUUACAAAACUUAAUAGACGAAGGGAAAAAUUUAUUCCGUCCGUCACAAUCAACAUCGAAUUUGUUAAUAAGUAAAAAUGAAGAACCGUUAAAAUCGCCAAAUAAAGUACAAAUAAUGAAAUCUUACGAAAACAAACAUUCCCAACAAAAAUCCGAUCCGAACAUUCCAAAAAAGACUGAAAAUACCGACGUCCCCAAGAAAUCACGUUCAUAUGAUGUGAAAGAAGCGCGAAAAUAUAUUAAGAAACAAAAGGAAAAACGUCUAGAACAAUCUAAGGUCAAUAACGAAUCGAAAAUAAAUGCCGAACUACAAAAACAAAAAUUACAGGAAUUACAUAAAAAAUCGAUGUUAUUAUUAGCUCAAAAUGUAAGAGCAAAACGGGAAAGGUCAAACACAAGAGACAAAAAUACAUAUGUAAGGCCACAAGAUACUACCACAACACAAAAUAUAGGAAGGAGUAAAUCUAUGGAUAGAAUAAGUAGUACUGGUCCUGGUAAAUCCAGAAAUCCAAAUUUGUUGUACCCUCCAUCACCAACAUUUAAAAAUAAGUCUUUAGAUCCCAAUGUGAAAGCUACUGCUGUGGAAAAAGGUCAACCAGAAAAAUUUGUCAUAUUAGCAAGAAACUUUACCCGCGGAGCUACUAAACGUGAAGCAACUAUAAACCAAUCAGCUUCUAUAACAUUCAGACAAAAAAUAGAUUUAGAUAAAAAUACAAAUGAAACACGUAAGGAUAUGGAAAAUAUUCAAGAAUCUAAUAAUGAUGAUCAAGAUGUAAUUUUCAAACCAAACGAUGGUCCAAAAAUUAAGAAAUUGCAUCACUUAACAACCCAAAACCUGUUUAAUAAAGAGUUCGAAGAAAGUGAUAACCAAAUACUUUCUUCAGUCAAGCCUUGUGGGGAUUCUAUAAAAAACAUUCUGGAGUAUAAAUCUCCGCUUUCUAAUAUCUCUAACAUCACUAUAAGACCUCAAAACGCUAGUUUAGUGGAAAAGGCUAAUGAGACAUGUACUCCCAAACAAACGCUUAGAGAAGACAAUAGUGUGAAUAAAAAAGCAGAAGGAAUUGCAAAGCAUUCGAAAGAAAUCCAAACUGAGAUUAUUCAUAACGAAUGCCCAAAGUGGCUCAAAGAACAACCCCCUCAAGCAUAUCCAUUUAAUUUCAUUAAUACAGUAACAAGAAAGUUGCAGGUAGCUAACAGUCAAAAACUAAAGACAGACAUAGGUAUACAAAAUUCUUUAAUGAGCCCAACGCAAGCUGAAAAGAAAGAAAUUCCACCAACGGAUAACAAAGUAGAUUCCAAUUGCAAAACAGAUUUGAAAUCUUUCAUAACUCAUACAUGUUUAAAUUUAGAUCCCGCUGCUAUAGAACAUUUAGAACUUAUACCUAAAAAAACGUACGAUACACAAAAAAUUUCGACGCAUAUAACCGAAACUGAAAGUGAAUCUGAUACUUCCAAAAAUAUCCCGGAGAUAUCGAGUGAAAGUGGAACUUCCUUAAAGAAAAACAAAGAAUCCGUUAGAAAGGCUUUAACGAUCAACACAGACAAAAUAGAUAAUAUGAAACUAAUUUCUCACCGAUCCGCAUCUCUGAUACCCACACAAUCAAGUAACAAUAACCAAAAAUACGGUAACAAAUCGUCGUACGCGUCGGAUUUCAAUACAGACAUCGAAACUGAAUCCAGCUUGGAUAGAAGUCGGAGAUCUAUUAUAAGCUUCAACAGGUCUGGAUACAACAAAGUCAUAAUACCUCAACCAGAACAACCGAGCGUCGUCCCGUCUCCUAGAAGUCAAACCUCGCGUAGUAAAAACGCUUCGACUAUCAAUACUGAUGAUUUAUCAAAGAGCAUCAGAAGCAACAGAAAUGAAAGUGAAUCUCGGUUUGGAGAGGUUAAGGAAGGGGGUGAACCUACAACCGAACAUUAUAACGUCGAUGAUGAAGUAAAGAAUAGCGAAGAUCAAAUCAUAACGUCCAGUAAGAAUUCAGCUGCAGAUACAGAAAUCCGAAUGUCCAGUAGCAUAAGUACGAACCUCUCGAGAUCCAUUAAUAAAAAUAUCAAUAGCAGAAGAGGAUCUUCUAGUCUCAAAGAAGAAAAUGAAACAAAUGUUGUGCCUCUAAGUGAACCUAAGAUAUCUCUAACGAAGGAUGCUGAUAGGAUCAAGUCUAAUUGUACAGAUAGAAGUAGUCAAAUGGUUAGAAAUUUGUCUGUGAGAUCGAGUAAAGUGUCAACCAAAACGGAUGCGAAAGACGCUAAUCAAAUUCAUUUGAAAUUUGAAGCUGAAAUACACCUAUUGAAUGAUUUUAAUGAAUCUUUAAGGAGAUUUUCCGCAUUGGAACAGGCAUUGGAGACUUUGAAAACCAAUAAUACGAUAACUUCUAAAAAUCUUCGAAACGGAAACGUCGAAACGUCUUCGAAGGCGCCAACGAAAACCAACGAAAAAGUUAGAUCGAAAGAAAAUCAAUCGCAAAUGUCUCAAAUUAACUUUUCCAGAGGUUCCUUCAUAAAUACGUCUAUUGGCGAAGAUUUAGAUGUUCUGGCAAAUUCGGCUCUCGAUAAAGACACCAGUCUUCUUUCUACAGGUUUAGAAGUUUCUAAUUUGAAUUCGAUCGAUCCGUCGAUGUCUGUAAAUAGCUUGGAUCAUUUAUCGAAUUUCGAAAAUUUACAGAAUGUCAAUUGUGCUGGAUUAUCCCUUAAUAUGUUCGAACAACUAAUUAAAGACGAAGAUGCCCGACUAGAAAAUUUGAAGACCAUUUUAAAAAUUAGAGAACAAGCUCUACUGGAUAGAACUAAAGGUGAAUUGGCUUGGUUGGAAAUACAAAGAAAACAUUUCAAAGAAACCGGGAAAUUGCAUGAGGCUUCUGUUAUAAAGAAAAAGCAAAGAGCUAUUUUGGUGAAUCAUCAGAAAGAAAAACAUGAAAUGCAAAGGCUUAAACAAAUGCAAAAAGCGGCGUCAAUUGAGCGAAAGAUAGUUCUCAAAGGACAUCGUAAUUUAAUUAGACAGCAACUAUCGACGGAUAAUAUGUUGACAAAAAUGAAGGUACACGUACCGAAGGAACGUAGGUCAUCAGGUCCAUUGAAAGUACUGCAGAGUCAUACGGAAUCUAUAAGAUCUGAAACUUCAAUUACCAAACGAAGCUCGAGCGAUAGGGAGAAAGAUGUACUAAGCAUCACUUCGACUACUCAUCAUUCUAUCAUAUCAGAAGUAUCUGAAAUCGAUGUACCUUCUAAAGAAGUACCGUCCUUGGAACGACAAAAUUGUAUAAAGAGAACUCUUUUGAUGCGCGAAGAGGCGUUGAGAAAACGAAGAAAAGCAGCCGAAGAAUUGUUACAAUGGCACAAAAAGUUAUUGGAAGAAGAAAAAAGAAUAACCGUAUUAGAAUCCGCAGCCAGUGCCAUAAUUUCUCAAAAACCUAAUACGGCAGCCGCAAGCGAAAAGUUCAAUUUCAAAGGAAAACAACUCAAUCAAUUAUGGUUCAAUUUGACAGGUAGCGAAGGAAAGAAAUUCGUCGAUGACAAAAUCUACCCCAUGUCUCAACUAGCAUUGGAGCGUUUCUGCAAGAGUGCUCGAGAGUAUUCGCUUAAAACAAAAACUUUACUCAAAAAAUCUAGUGAAAAUGAUAUGAGUGUCAGUGAAAACAUUCCGACGCAAAAGACAAGCUCCGACAACGAUUAUGUAUCAGAUUUCGAAGUCGAAUCUUCACCAAUCAUAGAAGAACCGGAUGUCGUCGACCAGAGCAUUGACAUUUUAAUAAACAAUUUCAAUCAAAUACAAGAUGAUAUUUCCACAUUGAAUAUAAGCCGGACACGAAAAUCAGACGAAAGUCGAUCAGAUGAAAUCGCCAGCGAAGCAGAAAUAUCAGUCAUCGAAACGAAUACGUUGUUAUCUAAUAAACAAAAAGCUAUUUUAGGUUUAAUCGAAGACGAUAAAGAAACCAUCGAUGAAAAAUUUUCAGAAGAAUUGAAUACUUCGCCAAAAAUGAAAACCGACAGUAGUUUAGAAGAAUCUGUAAAAACAGACAUACUAGAAUUGGAAAUGAAUGGGCAGGAACCCAUAAAACGAAAAGAAACUCCAAAUUUCAAUGAUAAUAAUAAGGAAUUGAUCGAUGAAAUUUCAGAAGAAUUGAUGACGUCUGUAAAUGAAAACUCUGAGAAAUUAAUAACUGACAUACCAGAACUAGAACCGAAUAAAAAUGAAAUCAAAAAACAAAAAGUAACUCAAGGUUUUGAUGAAAACAAUAAGGAAUCCAUUCAUGAUAAUUCAGAGGAAUUGAAGACAUCUAUAAAGGAAAAUUCGGAGAAAAUAAGAACCCACAGUAUUUUAGAAGAAUCUUCAAAAACACACGUACCAGAAUUGGAACUAAACGAGAAAGAACCCAAGAAAAGGAAAGUAACUCCAAGUUUCAAUGAAAACAAUAAGGAAUCCAUCGAUGAAAAUUCAGAGGAAAUGAAGACGUCUGUGAAGGAAAUUUCGGAAAAAUUAAGGACCGAUAGUAUUUUAGAAGAAUCUUCAAAAACACACGUACCAGAAUUGGAACUAAACGAGAAAGAACCCAAAAAAAGGAAAUUAACUCCAAGUUUCAAUGAAAACAAUAAGGAAUCCAUCGAUGAAAAUUCAGAGGAAAUGAAGACGUCUGUGAAGGAAAUUUCGGAAAAAUUAAAAACCGAUAGUAUUUUAGAAGAAUCAUUAAAAACAGACAUUCCACAAUUAGAACUAGAAUCAGUUCUGGCAGAUUCCUGUGAAAAAUCGAAAAGUUCUCCUAAGAAUAUUGAACUUAUUAUAAUCAAAGAUAUAUCCGUUACAUUUAACGAAAAAAUAAAUGAAACCAAAUUUGAAAAGACAGAUGUAUCAAAUACAAAUAUAUCAAGAAAAAUAAACGAUAUUUCUAUUCCUCACAAAACCUUUAUCGACAAUGAACUUACUAAAGAUGAUUUGUUGGUACAGAAAAAUAUUGUAGAUGACAUAGCAGUAGAAGAACCACACAUUAAUACUGUAUCAACGGAAACUAAAGAAAGUUUAAACGAAUCUCAAGAAAUUCUAUCGAUUUUAGGCGAAACUGAAGUGAAGACCGGUUCGGAUGAAGAAAUAGUUGAGGAUCAAACGAAAAAUAACUUAACGGAAACUGAAGAAAUACUUUCGAAACUGAGUCAUAUUGUUACAGUGGAAGAUACCAGUAGAAAGGAACGAGAAAAGAGUAAAGAAGAACCUGUUUUAAAUACUGAAGACGAAACUGAAUUGACAGGUUCUCCGCUAAAAUCCGAAGAUUUGACCAAUUCUUCUAAAACCGAUCAAGAUAUGCUGAGUGAAUCUUUGAUAAGGUUAUAUGUGAUUAGCGGAAGAGAUCAGUGGGAUAAAGAUGAUAACGAAGUUUUACAAGACGUUUCUAGCUUAGAACAAAUUAUUACCAACGGAUUAGAUGAAAGUAAAUUUUUGUUGCAAGUAAAAGAUUUAAACCAAGAAGAAUCCGGGAAAAUCGAAGAAACGAACGUCGUUAAUACGAAAUGGCAGGAAGGCGAUGAUGAACUUAAAUCAGACGAAGAAAACGAGGAAAGCAAAUUAAUAGAAUCCGAUAAAUCUAACGAAUCUUUUAUUAUCAACGAUGAUGUGAUUCAAAAGCAAGAAGAUGAUUCAGAAGAAUCAGAAAAGUCAUCGAAAGUUCCGGAAGAAAUUGAAACAGGCGAGGAUUAUUCUAUAACGGAGGAAGUAAGCAGUGCUAAAACCAGUUCAAAACCGAUAUCUAAUCUUAGCUAUGGUAUUAUUGAAAAAUCUCGUGUCGAAUAUACCAAUGAUGAUACUGAUGUGAAUACCGACAAGGAAGAUGGGUGCCAAGAAGAAAAAGAACACGAUUCGCUUUCUUCGAACGUCGAAGAAUCAUUUAGUGAUUUAUCAGAACAAGUAUCAAUGGCACAUGGUGAUAUCGAUAAAAACAAAACGCUUCUUGAAGAAAAAAUCGAUGACUCGUUAAUAAAUAAAAGUAAUUCUGAGGUUACUGUCGACGUUAAGAAGCGGGUAUCCGAAAUUUUAUCAGAUACCAACGCGUCUAGAGGCGAUAAAAGUCCUAGGCUGCAGGAUAUUUAUGUUACUACUUACGAUUUGAUCAGCCCGACGAAUUCACCCGAAAGAGCUCCCUCGAGUCCUAUUGAGGAACAUAAAUUAGUCACUAGUAUAUUCAAUAGCGAAGCUGAAGAACUUUUGAGGAAACAGUUAGCGGUUGAACAAGAAAUCAAAGCCAUUACUGAACAGCAAAAAGAACAAUUACCUUUAAUGUACAUCCGAGAAAUUCCGAAUAAACCACCACCGCCUUAUAUUCCUCCAUCUCCAAUAAAUAUAAUAACUACUCCGACGAUUAUACCAACCGCCGAGGAAAUUGAGGAAAUUACAUUAUAUUCAGCGAAAAUAUUACAUAAAGCUUAUUUAUCGAAUAAUUUAACAAAUGUUAGCAUUUCCAAUAACACGUUGAGUCUGAUAUCCAAAAAUAUCUCCAAGGAUUGUUAUAAGUUUGUAUUCAAUUUGUGUAAAGAAAUCGCACAAGAUCAUUACAAACAAUUUGAGGAAGAUAAUUCUCCCCCUUGGUUACGCAUUCAAAAAAAAAUAGGAUCCGGUCUAGUGAAGCCAUUAGAUACGGAAGGCUUGAAAAUUCAUAUGAUAAAAAACCUUAAAGAACUAUUCGGAUAUGAAAGAUCAUCUAAACGAGACAAUAAUAAAAUCAAGUGGAUCAAGAAGAAACGAGAUCAUGUUGAUGAAAUUUUGGUAGUGGAAUGCCAACAAGAAGAAACCCAAUGGACCAAUUAUCGAAAAGACGAACUGUUGGUAAAAGACAACAUUGUUAAUGAAAUAUUUGAUAGUUUAUUAAUCGAUACGGCACAGGUAUUCAAAAAAAUAUUUCUAAAAAGAAAUUUGUAAUCUUUUUUGUUAUAUGAAAGACUGAUCUAGAUGAUAUUAAACGAUAUCCAGUUUUAUGGAAAUGUAAGAAUUUUGUAAAAAAUAUGAUAUUGUACUAAUUUGGUUGUAAUAUUAGCAGCUCUUAUCGAUAACACUGGUAAACAAAAAAUUUGUGAAUAACAAGACAAAUUUUAACUGAUUGUUUGGGAACGGGAUCAAGUGAAGUAAAAUUAUACUCAACAACAAAAUAUUAAUAUUACCUAAAUGCAUAAGACAGUUUUUGACACCGAUAUGAUUUUUUUACCAAGAUUGAAGAGAUAACAGUUUGCAAUAUCGAUUUUUGUUCCUUUAAUUCAGAAUCUGGAAGUUUUAAAUAAUGGAUAUGAGAAACCAGUAUCAGGGGCUACCAAAAUCUUUAUAAGUUACAAUUCCUUGUUACAAAAUUUUGUUGACCAGUGUAAUUGACCAUUUUAAAGUAUUAUUUUAUACCGUAAACUGCGGUUGAUUUGAUCAAUUUAACAAUUUGGUAUCGUGUAUUUUUCCAAGCUAACAUCUUAAAAUUUGAAAAAAUAAAAAUGACAAUAUCAGAAUUUAUUGUUCUUUUAAUGUGUCAAUUAUAAAAUUAUUAAUUGUUUAUAGUUAAAAGAAAAGUGAUCAAAGUUUAUACUCGAGUGGGCGCGUUAUUGGUUGUUUCAUGAGUGGUCGUGUGUUUAAAAAAAACAAAAACUUUAAAUCUUCAACUUUCAUUUAUUUAUUAAAACCCUAAACAAGUGUACAGAAGAAAAUAUAAUAAUUUCUAUUGCUCAUUAUAUGUCCAUUUUUAAGCAUUAUUUCCUUGUAGUUCUAUCGAGCUUACAAUCCUAACGACGAUGUCUUGCACAUUCUCUUCAUAUUGAUUCAGGUUGCUUCUCGUCAACAGCUAAAGAGGAAAUUGUCAAUAAUUUUAUAUUGUAAUUGCAUAAUAAAUUUGCUAAUCGGUCUCUGCAUCUCAUAAAUCUAUUUUAUCACGGAUAGAGCCUCUUCAUCAACAUCAUGCUCAGCUUGCCCUUCGUAUCCUCUACUAUUUCUAUACGGACUUUUCGUUGCCCGAUCAUUUUCUAAAACUAUUUAGUACUUUCACAACUUUUGUGUCAACAUCUUUGGCAUUAAUAUCAUUUUCAUUUGGUAAAACUGUAUGUCAUUCAAAGUGUAAAUUCCUGUGGAACAGAAUCCACUCAUCAUAUUUAUAUUGAUUCUUGAAUCAGUAUCUAUAUGGAUGAUUGGGCUUUGGUUCUAACUUUUAUAAAUGAUAUUUGAUAUGAGAUACAGAAAAGUAUCUUUGGGCGUUUUGUUAGACUUCCAUUCAAAUAAUUCCAUAAUUAUUUUUGGUGUUUUUGGAAAGUUCUGGCAAUUUCAGCAAAAUGACGAAUUAUUUUCAUGGAGUUCAUUUUAUGAAAUCAUCAUUUAUAUUUUUUCCAUAUAAUAUGCACUUUCCAGUAUAAUGUAAAUAUCAGUUGAUUCAACUUUUAUAUAUUUAUAUUAUUUUUGUUUAUUCAAUUGUUUUUACAAAACAAUUCAUAACACAAAUAUUGUCAUUAUGUAUAUUCGUUUCCGAUAUUGUCAUUUUAAUUUCAUCGAUGCUGGACACAAUCGUAUUAUUUUAUUAUUUCUUAUGUUGUAAGUUAUUACUUAUUUUAAGAUAUUGUAUUAUUUUUAAUAUUUUAAUGUACAAAACUGAACCGCAAACAAAAA